CGGCCAGUGGACCUAGAAGACUGAUAGUUUAAAUAUAAUGGAGCAGUUGAUUACUGUUAUGUCGCCCUGAAUAUGAGUCACGGCCACACGUGUCACGUUACUGUUGUAGUUUGCUGUCGUUUAGCCAGAUACUGUACAAGCAGCGGUGUUGUACAGUGUUAAGGUAACGCUGAGCCUCGGUUCUGUCAGCGAGUCUUUGUGCGCAGAGAGGUGCGAGCGUGCGCGUCUGUAUGUGUGGCUGAGCGACAACCAAGGACCCAGAGAUGGCUGCCAGUAAAAGUAAAAAUCAGAGCUCUCUGGCACUGCACAAGGUAAUAAUGGUGGGAAGUGGAGGCGUGGGGAAGUCGGCCCUCACCCUGCAGUUCAUGUAUGAUGAGUUUGUGGAGGACUAUGAGCCCACCAAGGCCGACAGCUACAGAAAAAAGGUGGUUCUGGACGGGGAGGAAGUCCAGAUCGACAUCCUGGACACAGCGGGCCAGGAGGACUACGCCGCCAUCAGGGACAACUACUUUCGCAGCGGCGAGGGCUUUUUGCUGGUCUUCUCCAUCACAGAGCACGAGUCCUUCUCUGCAACUGUUGAGUUCAGGGAGCAGAUCUUGCGGGUGAAGGCAGAAGAGGACAAGAUCCCCCUCCUGCUGGUGGGGAACAAGUCCGACCUGGAGGAGCGCCGGCAGGUGUCUGUGGAGGAGGCCCGAGGGAAGGCGGAGGAGUGGGGCGUCCAGUACGUGGAGACGUCGGCCAAAACCAGAGCCAACGUCGACAAGGUGUUCUUUGACCUGAUGCGCGAUGUAAAAGGCAAGAAAAUGACGGAAAACAAAGACAAGAAUGGCAAAGCGAAGAAUAAAAAGAACAAGAAGAGCUUUAAGGAGAGGUGCUGUUUACUUUAACGUCGUCAUGGACCCUAACUCACUGCUCAGCUGCAAAACCGGGGGGACAAAGCGAAGGACCCUUCAAAUAAAAUGUCAUCUUUCAAAACCGCUGGUUAUAGUUUAGUUUCUGGAACAAUCAGAGCGGCGGAGUUUCCGGGACGAUAACCACUAUUGUGACUGACUCUAACUGCAGUUCAUGAUGGCUCUUAGGAAGCUAAUGACCAAACUGCUACCAACACUAAUGGCGCCGCACAAGACACUGCUCUGCUGUUUAACCCCGCGGUCGCACCCUGGUGCGUCCUCAUGCUCCGUUCAGUGGAGUACUUCUGCUCCCAGUCUCAGCCUGCAUAUUUCUGUCUGAGUCUAGACCCUUUGAGUAGAUCGCCAUUCGUUUCCGAGGAACUCUGCUGCUGCCUUUCAUUAAUAAUCACAAUCUACUGAAGAUAACCUCGCUUGUGUCUUUUCAGACAUUAGAGCAUGUUUUGAUCAGCUAUUGAAAUUUUAAAGUCUUUGCUUUUAUGUCCCCUUGACACUUUUCUAUAGUUUAGUUCUUUAGUACAUCCAGUGAUGUGAUUUUCUGAUGACAGGAAAGACGUCAAGUUAGUGCAAUCAGAGGACUUGUUGCCAAACAGGGUUAUUUUGGGCCUUACAUUAGAUAUGCUACUGACCGGACAGGGCUUUGUGUAGAUUUUGAGACUGUGAAAUGAAGGUUUUUUUCUAGUAUUGGUAGAUAAAUGGUGGAGAAAGCAUCUCGCAGCACAGAUUGCAUCCUGUUUUACAGAAUGGUUGGUUUUAUUUGCUGUGUGGUUGACGCUGACAAUCCAGGAGGCCAUAAUGACUCUGGGCCACAGUGUCAUAAUAAUCAUGGACUUUUAUGGUUCUUACCAGCUCAGAUGUUCCUUUUGUGGUCCCCUGGUCUUUUCCAAAGCCCAUGCACUACUUUGCCAAUACCUGAGAAGUGAACUUCACCGGUAGUGGAGUUACACAGGGGAGCUUUUUAAACAAUCUGCGCCAACCGAUGUACAAACAAAUGGAGCUGUCUGUGGAUGUACAGUCUGCAUUUUAGUGUGCGUGCGUGUGUGCGUGCGCGCGUGUGUGCAUUCGCUAGUAAUUCCUACCAGCUCGGAGUAAAGCCUUGAUGGCGUUGCCAACCUCUUAACUGUUGUUUAAUCAAGUGCUACAUUGAACACAAUGUUCCUGCCACUGCCUAGACAAUUCUUUAUAACGUGUCCUUCUUUUACUUGUAUUAUCCUAUUGAUUGAGUCUCUCCAAUGACUGUUGCCGAAUAAAUUGUUUUUCUUUGUAAA